AAACUUGAAGACGUACGCAUCAAAUAGCUGCAAGUGUUCAAAGCAUUUAAAAAAAUAUAGUUUUUAAAGUUUAUUAGAAUUGAAGAAUUCAAACAAAGGACUUCUUAUCUUCUAUGUUUCAAACUGAGGCUAUAAACGGAAUCUAUUCAUAAUUGGCUUUUUCAAGUUCAACCUCUGUAACAUAUUUAGUUUUAGUUUUGUUUUGAUUGAAAGCUUAACAAGUCCAAAGAUGAACCAAAGAAAUAAUCGGUUUUUAAAUCCUCAAAGACGUCAAAAUCAAGAGACGCAACCACAAAUACCUGCAGUGCAAGAAAAUAGAUUGAGACAAGCUAGGGAACAAUCACAAACUUUUCAGGUAUAUAGUCAAAGUGUUGCAAAAGAUGAUUGCGAAAAGAAAAGCUCAGUUACUUGUAUAAGUUGCAGUGGUCAUUUUAAUCAAAAUGAUUUGGGCGUCAAAUGUCCUCAAAAUCAUUUUAUAUGUCAAGAGUGUUCCAAAACUUAUAUAAACUCAAUAUUAUCAAAUCCACAUGAAAACAUGCCGCCAUUAUGCUCUAUAUGUAAAGUUGAAAUAAUUACAUCUUCAAUUCAAAUGCUGUUAGAUACCGAACAGUCGGAACAUUUUAACAGUUUAAUGCUAUGCAUUGUUAUAACCAAAACAGAAUUCACAAAUAAUGAAGUAGUUGUGCAUUGCCCAUUUUGCAAGUAUUACGAAAUACGCGACAAAUCUGGAGUUAAUUUUGUGUUUUGCUCAAACAUAAACUGCAAAAAGCGUUCGUGCUACUAUUGCCAUUUAGAAUGUCCUUAUAAAAGUGAUGAAAGUUAUGACGAAUAUAAUCAAUAUGGUGGAGAUGAAAAUGAUGAAAAUAACUUUCAAGAUCCUGAAGCCAGAAAACAUUUUGUGUGUGCUGAAUUAAGUGAAACUAAAAAAACAAUUGAGAAAGCGAUCGAAGAUGGUUCAAAAGUAUAUUGUCCGGAUUGCGGAUUAGGUGGUAGAAAAGAUGAUGCUUGCACACAUAUGAAAUGCGUCAAAUGUGAGCAUGUUUAUUGUUAUUUUUGUGGUAAGUCUGAAAAAGUGUGUGAAAAAGAGCAUAAUAUACCCUCUAUUUAUGGGCAUAACAGUGAUUGGCCAACAAACAAAAACAGAUGCCCCAUGUAUCUAACUGAACUAAGUGAUUACGAUAAAAGAUGGCCGGAAACUGAUGACAAAUGCUUGGAUUUUUUUCAUCGCUUUAAAAUAAUUUCUAAUUUAAGAAAAGUUAUUCAAGAAAACAACACAAAUGAUAUAAAUCGUGUUGAGGAAAAGUAUCAAUGUAUUCAAAGUUCUGGAUUUACAAUAGAGCAAAUUUUAAGUGAAGAUUUAACAUUAAUUGAUAGAAGCAAAUAGAGUAAUUAAAAAUAAAAAAGAAUAGAGAUUUUAAAACAUAAAAAAAACAAUUUGUUCCAUUCUUAACACAAUAGAUGCACUUUAUUUGAUUAACAUUUAUUCGAUUGCAGAGUAAAAGUUAAGCCUAAAAAAAAUCAACGUUUUUAAUGAAUAAUUCUUUAUUUUUUAAUUUACUUAAGUUAUAAUUACUUUUUUUUCAUUAAAUUAAAUUUAUUCAAAGUUGACACAAUUUUUUUUUUUACUGUGCUAGAUUACCUGACAACAUUUUAUAGUUUUAACGAUAAAGAUUGUCCAUAUUUACAGAUAUAAAUUUUUAAAUAUUUGA